CCUCUCUCUCUCUCUACUCUCUCUCUAAACGUAUAUCUUUAUAUAUAUAAUAUAUAAAGAUAUAAACUGUAGGAAGCCCACUAAAAGAUCAAAUCAAAAACCUCUCUUUUCAGUUGUAUGUAAUCUUUACAACAAACCAACAAAAAAUGGUAGAGUCUCCCUCAUCAUCAACUUGGUCUCAAGUCCUUGUGAAGCUCAGAUUCUUCACCAAAAUCCGACGGUUCGUUCGCAAGACAUCCACCAACAAAGGGCACGAUGGCGAACGAACCGCUGAGGUGAUCGUGGAUCACCGCAAAAGUGUUGAUGCAAAUAUUGAGAAUGAUGAUGAAAGUUCGAUCUUACAAAGGUCUGUAAAGAGGCUUCACUUUGGCACAAGGGAAGAGAAGGCGGCUGCAGCCAGAGAGAUCAAGAGGCUUGCCGGAGGAGAAGACUUGAGUAGGCGGAAGUUGAUGGCGGAACUCGGUGUUAUUCCGCCGUUGGUGGCCAUGGUUGGUUCGGAAUACACCAUAUCACAUCGGAGGGUGGCUGUACAAGCUUUGUUUGAACUUGCUAAUGGCACUUGCACGAAUAAGGCUCUCAUGGUGGAGGCAGGAAUCUUAUCAAAGCUAUCAAAAAACAUCGGUGUUGACGAAUUAGCAAAACAUGAAUUUGCACAACUCAUCAUGUCGUUAUCUUCCCUAGUGAACGCUCAAUUCCCUAUUGAUUCAUCGAAGAUUCUUCCACUAGUGCUACAUAUGCUUGAAUCCGAUUCAAGUGUUGACACCAAAAUGUUGUGCUUGGGCACGUUGUAUAAUCUAUCGACUGUGAUAGAUAAUGUUGGAUCUUUAGCGAAGGAUGAAGUGGUACACACUCUCUUGAAAUUGACAUCUAUGAAAGUAGCAUCAGAAAAAGCUCUUGCAACAUUAGGGAAUCUUGUGGUAACUUUGAUGGGGAAAAAGGCCUUGGAAAGUAGCCCUAUGGUGCCUGAAUGUUUGAUGGAGAUUUUGACAUGGGACGAUAAAUCAAGAUCACAAGAGUUGUCCGCUUAUAUUUUGAUGAUAUUAGCUCAUCAAAGUUCAUUGCAAAGAACGAAAAUGGCAGAGGGAGGAAUCAUGCCCAUUCUUCUUAAAGUUGCGUUGUUAGGGAGCCCAUUGGCGCAAAAAAGAGCUCUAAAGUUACUCCAAUGGUUCAAAGACGAGAGACAAAUGAAGAUGGGACCUCAUUCGGGGCCACAGUCAAGAAGGUUAUCCUUCAAUUCACCAGCAAAGCAUGGUGCGGCCGACGAAGGCAAAAGGUUGAUGAAAAAUAUGGUCCGACAAAGUUUAUAUAAGAAUAUGGAAACCAUUACUCGUCGCGCAAAUGGGGACUCGACUUCAAGUUCUAAGUUGAAACUAUUGGUCAUUAGUUCAAGUUCAAAGAGUUUGCCAUAUUAGCUACAUACAAAAAAAAACACGAAUUUAAAUCCAUAGGAGUGCACUUAUUGUGUGCAUCUUCUAAUUUCUUUGUACAUUAUGGAAGAAAUGUAUGUCCUUUCCCUGAACUAAUGAUAUAAAAUAUAUUUUUUGCCAUUCUUUAA